AUGGCUACUAAAAUUGUUUUGCUAGGACUCCUUGCUUUAACAUGCUCACUUGCCUUAGCUUCUGAUCAUAGUCCUCUUCAAGAUUUCUGUGUGGCAGACCCCAAUGCUCAAGUGAAAGUGAAUGGUUUGGCUUGUAAGGAUGCGAAGAUCGUUCAAGCUAAUGAUUUCUUCUUUGCGGGACUUCACUUGAUGGGCAAUACUUCAAACCCAGUUGGUUCGAGGGUGACCCCAGUUACAGUAGCCCAAUUACCAGGCCUUAACACUCUUGGCAUCUCAAUGGCUCGCAUAGACUAUGCGCCAAAGGGUAUCAACCCUCCCCAUACUCAUCCAAGGGCCAGUGAAAUCCUCACUGUUUUGGAUGGCAGCCUUGAAGUGGGGUUUGUGACAUCUAACCCAGAUAAUCUUCUCAUCACAAAAGUUCUUCAGAAGGGAGACGUGUUUGUGUUUCCAGUGAAUUUAAUCCACUUUCAGCGCAAUGUUGGACAGGGAAAUGCCAUUGCCAUAGCAGCUCUUAGUAGCCAAAAUCCAGGAGUCAUUACAAUUGCUAAUGCAGUGUUUGGCUCCAAACCUGACAUCUCAGCUGAUAUUCUGUCCAAGGCUUUCCAAAUUGAUCAGAAUAUAAUAUAUCAAAUUCAGAGCAAGUUUUAG